UUCUUGGAGUUAGCUUUCUGCCAAUCAACACUACAAUGUCUUACUCCGGCGAGAGCAACCCCAGCCCGUAUGACUAUCCUCUCCCAGGUGGUCCCGCACCACGUGGGGAUGUCGUCGUGACUGGCCUUACUGGCGGAUAUGGCAGCGAGAAGAAGGGCAAGGGACACCAUUACGGUCAUGGCAAGCACGGACACCACGGUAAACAUGGACAGCACGGACACCAUGGCGGCCAUGGCAAACACGGCGGGCACUACAGUCAUCACGGUAACAAGACCAAGAGUGGCCACUACGGCCGCAAGCACAAGUAACAGGCUUGCACCUGUGUAAUUCAUGUUGAUACGUCGCGGGUCUACUGUGCUAAGUGUAGACGUCUUGUGAAUGCAUUUUCUUGUAACGUAGCGAGAAGUUCUGGAGAUAGUGCGUGUUUGAACUCACUAAAACAUACGAAUUCAGCAAUUGGCCCAGCCCUGCCGUCCACAGAAAAUUUGUGGUUCCUCGCCACCAGUACUGUACCAGCUU